AGAAAUGCAGAGAAACUCCAGAGAAAUGGAAACGAUGAAAAGUCAGGUACUGUUUCCCUUCCUGCUUUCUUUGUUUUGUGGGGCCAUUUCCCAGCCAAUUCUCUAUUCCAUUCCAGAGGAGCUGGCCAAGGGCUCUUGGGUGGGAAACCUCGCCAAGGAUAUUGGGCUCAGUGUCCAGGAGUUGCCAGCUCAAAAACUUUGGGUUACUGCAGAGGAUUAUUUCAACGUGAGUGUGGAGAGUGGAGAUUUGUUAGUGAGCGGCAGAAUAGAUAGAGAGAAGAUUUGUGGGAGAAAAUCUGAGUGUGCACUGGAAUUUGAAACAGUCACUGAAAAUCCAAUGAAUAUUUUCCAUGUGAUUGUUGUAAUCCAAGAUAUUAAUGACAAUGAACCACAUUUCAUUACAAAAAGCAUUGAAUUAGAAAUCUGUGAGUCAGCCUUACCAGGGGUAAAAUUCUCUCUGGAUUCUGCACAAGAUGCAGAUGUAGAAAGUAACUCACUGAAGAUAUACACCAUCAACCCCAAUCAACAUUUCUCUCUGUCAACAAAGGAAAGUCCUGAUGGAAGUAAAUACCCAGAAUUAUUGUUGGAAAAACCUUUAGAUAGGGAACAUCAGAGCUCCCAUCGUUUAAUUUUGACUGCCAUUGAUGGUGGGGACCCACCUCUAAGCAGCACCACCCAGAUCGGGAUCAAAGUUACUGAUUCCAAUGAUAAUGCUCCAGUGUUCAGUCAGGACAUAUACAGAGUUACUCUGCAAGAAAACGUGCCCCCAGGAACCUCUCUGCUCCGGGUAGUGGCCACAGACCAGGAUGAGGAUGUUAAUGCAGAGAUCACCUAUGCCUUCCUCAAUGCUCCGACAAGUACUAGCCUCCUUUUCAAUCUCAAUCCAAAUACCGGUGAUAUCACAACCAAUGGUACAUUGGACUUUGAAGAAAGGAGUAGGUACAUUUUGGGUGUAGAAGCCAAGGAUGGAGGAGUGCACACGGCUCACAGUAAUGUUCAUAUUGAAAUUGUUGAUGAGAAUGACAACACCCCAGAGGUGACAUUCAUAUCGUUUUCUAACCAUAUUCCAGAGGACUCAGACCUUGGAACCAUAAUAGCCCUCAUUAAAGUGACAGACAAAGAUGGGCAAAAUGACUUGGUGACAUGCUAUAUUCAAGAAGAAGUUCCCUUCAAAUUAGAAUUCACCUCCAAGAAUUAUUACAAGCUGGUGAUAGAGAGGGCCCUAAACCGGUAAGAGACCUCAGAGUACAACAUUACCCUCACAGCCACUGAUAAAGGGAAACCAUCCCUUUCCUCUAGGAUACGAGUCACCCUGCACAUCACCGAUGUCAAUGACAAUGCACCUGUUUUCCAGCAGACCUCCUACACGGUCCAUGUGGCAGAGAACAAUCUGCCUGGAGCUUCAAUUGUGCAAGUAAGAGCCUCCGACCCUGACCUGGGACCCAAAGGCCAGGUCUCCUACUCCAUCGUGGCCAGCGACCUGGAGCCUAGAACGCUGCUGUCCUACGUGUCUGUGAGCGCACAGAGCGGGGUGGUGUUCGCGCAGCGCGCCUUCGACCACGAACAGCUGCGCGCCUUCGAGCUGACACUGCAGGCCCUUUAG